UUUUACACACACAAAAACAUGCAGAGGGGGUGGAAGGGGGGGGCUAUGCUGCAAAUGAGGAAGUGUUCAACUCUGAAUCUGAUGUCUGCUUCAUGCACACGCCCGUACACAUCUGGAAGUAGAGAACAGAUAAGCUGCAGACAGGUGGGCGGAAGGGAAACACUUGUGCAAGUACUUUCUGCGUGGCAAACUAAAACAAGGGCUUGCUCAGAAAGGCAAAAAGGUGCUCAGACUGCGUGGAAGUCCUGCCACCUCCAUGGAAUCCUCGCUCUCUUGUGAUUCACCAAUGAAGGGAGCCACUUAGAACCACCUCUGCUGCCCGCUGUGCUGAGAUCUGGCCUGGUGCUGAAACCUGUGGUUGUCAUUAAAAGGAGAAAAAAAAAAGUAACAGCAUCUCUGUUAGUCGGAGGAAUUCCGGCCUGUCAGCUAUUUUUGUUCCUGUCUUGCUUUCACUAUUUUGUGAAAGGAGACAUAAAAAGGAAGGAAGGGGAGAGCGAGAGAGAGGACGACACAGAGGAGGAGGGAGACAGACAGACAGACAGACGGAUACAGGCUGAACGUCUGUGUGAGUUUCAGUUGCGUUCAGGAGCAUCAGAGAAGAGUACGAGCGCCUCUUGGCCGAUCAGUCGUCUUCCGUUCGAUCCCAGGUAGCAGACAGGAGGAGGCACCAUGGUCCGGUGGUUCCACAGAGACAUCACAGGCCUGCAGGCCGAGGAAAUCCUGAAGGAUCGCGGCAUUUCUGGCAGCUUUUUGGCUCGACCCAGCAAGAAGAACGUUGGAGAUUUCUCCCUGUCUGUCAGAGUGGGUGACAGUGUGACCCACAUCCGCAUCCAAAACACUGGAGACUUCUACGACCUGUACGGAGGAGAGAAGUUUGCCACCCUGUCUGAGCUGGUGGAGUACUACACGACAGAGCAUGGCAUCCUUCAGGACAAAGACGGCACCGUCAUUGAGCUCAAAUAUCCCCUAACUUGCUCCGACCCCACCAAUGAAAGGUGGUACCAUGGUCAUCUGUCCGGCCCAAAUGCAGAGAAGCUGCUCACCAUACGGGAUGAGUCGGGAACCUUCCUGGUCAGGGAGUCGCUGUCCAAACCCGGGGAUUUUGUCCUCUCCGUUCUGACUGAUGAAAUGAGCAAAACUGGAGUCAAAAGAGUCUCUCACAUCAAAAUUAUGUGCCAGAAUGACAGGUAUACGGUGGGGGGCUCGGAAAUGUUCGACACACUGACAGAUUUAGUGGAGUUCUACAAACGCAAAGGCAUCGAGGAGAUCUCAGGGAACUGGGUUCAUCUGAAACAGCCCUAUUACUCCACCAGAGUGAACGCGGCUGACAUCGACAGCAGGGUGAAGCAGCUGAACCAAACCAAAGAGCAGCAGGAGGAGGGUGAAGGGGAGAAGAGCAAAGCGGGCUUCUGGGAAGAAUUUGACGCUCUUCAAAAGUUGGAGGCAAAGGUGAAAAAGAGCAGAGAGGAAGGCCAAAGACCAGAAAACAAGAGCAAAAACAGAUACAAGAACAUUCUUCCCUUCAAUGACACCAGAGUCAUCCUGGAUAGCGCUGAUCCUGACGUUGUCGGCUCAGAUUACAUCAACGCCAACUACGUGAGAAACAAACUGUGGGAGUCCGGUGGCCAAAAAGUCUAUAUUGCCACUCAGGGAUGCCUGAUGACAACUGUCAAUGAUUUCUGGCAGAUGGUCUGGCAGGAGAACACGAGGGUGAUCGUCAUGACAACAAGAGAAGUCGAGAAAGGCCGGAACAAAUGCGUUCCAUACUGGCCAGACUGUCAUGGCUCACAGGAAUUCGGGCAGUACGUGGUGACCUGUAACUCAGAGUUGGAAGCUAUGGAUUACAAAGUCCGAGGUUUGGAGCUCACAUCCAUGAACCAGCCAAAACACUCUCGGACCAUCUGGCACUACCAGUACCUCAGCUGGCCUGACCAUGGCGUCCCUCAGGAGCCGGGGGGUAUCCUCAGCUUCCUGAAUGAAGUGAACAAUAAACAGUCAGCUCAACCUGAUGCUGGGCCUAUGAUCAUUCACUGCAGUGCUGGAAUCGGUCGAACGGGCACAAUCAUGGUUAUCGACAUGAUCGUGGAGACCAUCAACAUUCAAGGGAUGGACUGUGACAUUGACAUUCCAAAAUACAUCCAGAUGGUGCGAGAGCAGCGCUCUGGUAUGGUGCAGACUGAGGCCCAGUACAAAUUCAUCUAUCUGGCUGUAUCCGAGUGGAUACAGAGCAGCAAAGCCCACAACUGCGCCUACAUGGAAACCGACACCGAGUAUGGAAAUCUUCAACUCAAACACCAACCAGCAAGUAGGAAGGUGUCAAAAAACAAGGAGGACGUUUACGAGAACCUGUCGAAAGGAAAGAAGGAUGUGAAAAAGUCAAAGCCUGACAAGAAAAGCGGCUCAGUGAGGAAAAAAUAGAAGAAACUUAGGCAUUGCAUCAUGUCAUAUUUAUGCAAGAACUUUUUUGUUACAGCAGAGGCCUUUCAUCAGAUACCAUCAACAUUUAAUGUUAUUUUUCAAUUGAAAACUUGAAAUGACAUACUUUACGUGAUUGCUUGGAUAAUGUGUUUGCUAAAAAAAUAAUAAAGUAAGAAUGCCUGUACACUCCA